AUGCCCGCCACGCCGCCCUCGCCCCGUGCUCGCGCCUCGCGCCUCAGCUGCGCAGCGAGCCUCGCCGCACUCGUCGCCCUCGCCAGCUCUACGCAGCAGGUCCACGCCGCCUACAGCCUCACCAAGGACUACUCGGGCAGCACCUUCUUUGACGGCUGGGACUUCUACGGCAACUACGACAACCUCACCAAUGGCGACAUCAUCUACGUCAAACAGAGCGACUCGGCCGACCUCGCAUACGUGUCGGGCAGCAGCGUCAUUCUCAAGAUGGACAACGUGAGCGAGGUGCCGUACAACGAGAAGCGGCGGAGCGUGCGCAUCGAGACGCAAGCCUCUUACGGCAUCGGCUCGCUGUGGACGUUCGACUUUGCGCAUGUGCCCUACGGCUGCUCGGUCUGGCCGGCGGCGUGGGCGACGACCAAGACUUGGCCUCAAGGUGGCGAGAUCGACACGUUCGAGGGCGUCAACCUCGUCGAGACGAACCAGAUGGCCAUGCACACGGCCGACGGUUGCUCUGUGUCGAACGGCACGAGCGACAACUUCUCGGGCACCCUCACCUACGGCAACUGCUUCGCCAAGGCCAACGACAACUCGGGCUGCACGAUCCGCGACACUCGUCCCGCCUCGUACGGCGCCGCGUUCGCGGCUGCAGGCGGCGGCGUCUGGGCGACUCAGCUCGCCAAGGACGGCGUCUCGAUCUGGUUCUUCCCGCGCUCGGACGUCCCGUCCGACCUCAGCUCGGGCUCGUCGACGCCGUCGCCCGACGCGUGGGGCACGCCCGCCGCGUACUACCCGGCGAGCUCGUGCGCGACGCCCGACUUCUUCUCGCCCCAGAACUUGGUCAUCACGAUGACGGCGUGCGGCGACUGGGCCGGCAACGCGGCCGUCAUGAACUCGACUGGAUGCCCGCUCACAAAGGACUCGUGCUACCUCUCUUACGUCCUCGACAACACCAACUUUGACACGGCCUACUUCGACAUCAACUCGAUCCGCGUCUUCUACGACCCGGACCGUGCGGCCGACUCUGCGCCGGCGACGACGGCGACGGCGUCGAGCUCGCUCCUGUCGGUCAGCGCGACGCCGACGUCGAGCCCGUCGGGCUCGUCGGGCUCGUCCUCGGGCGACAGCGCGGCGGGCAUGCUGCGCGUCCAGGGCGCGGCGACGGCGCUCGUCGGCGCGGCGGUCCUCGGCGCCGCAGGCUUGAUCCUCGUCUGA